AUGUGCACAUUCAUGGAAUAUUACGUGCUAUAUGUACAUUUACGAACAUUACGUGCUACAUAUACUUUCACGAAACAUUACGUGCUAUGUGCACAUUCAUCGGAAUAUUACGUGCUAUAUGUACAUUCACGAACAUUACGUGCCACAUAUAAUUCACGAACAUUACGUGCUAUGUGUACAUUUACGGAAUAUUACGUGCUAUAUGUACAUUCACGAACAUUACAUGGCACAUAUAAUUCACGAACAUUACGUGCUAUGUGUACAUUCACGGAAUAUUACGUGCUAUAUGUACAUUCACGAACAUUACAUGGCACAUAUAAUUCACGAACAUUACGUGCUACGUGUACAUUCACGGAAUAUUACGUGCUAUGUAUUCAUUCACAGAAUAUUUAUUUUCAAAACAUUUUGAGAAAUUCAAAAAAGUCAAUAGUUUUUUCAGUUGCAGAGUUGUUAUCUAACAGUUGUCAAAUUGGCAAAAAGUUGUCAAAUUGA